AUGAAGCCUCACACAGGGAUUCCUCUUUACAGAACAUGGUUUGGUAAUUGCUAUGGCCAGCGCCGCUCGCUUUCUUCCCUUACAAAGAGAAUUUCUCCUUUGGCAGAACCAAAUACCUCUCAGCACAGCAUCCUAUGGAACACAGUUACUUCUGUUCUAUUUAAUAAUAACUGGUCAAGGAGAUAUCACCAGAGCUCAAGAACGCUGUGGAACCACGAAGCCCUGCAAAAAUAUUUGCAGACUUUAAGCCAAGAGCAUCAAAGGAUUACUCAGUUGCUAGAUGACUGUUCAGUGAGCGAACACAGUCGGAAGGCUCUGGCUAAGAGACAUGCCGAACUGUCCCCGCUUGCUAAGGCAUUUGAAGAAAUACAAGAGGCAAAAAAAGAGAUCCGGGAUUUGGAGAUGCUGUGUGCAAAGUUAAACACCCCAGAAGACAGACAGCUGCUAGAACUCGCUCUAGAGGAAAAGGAAGCUGUUGACCGGAAGAUCGGCACCCUGCGUCGACAGCUUUUCCAGAUCUUGAUACCAAAAGAAAAAUAUGACAACUGUCCUGCUGUAUUGGAAGUGACAUCUGGGAGGACAACGGGAGGUGACAUUUGCCAGCAGUUUACACAAGAGGUGUUUGAGAUGUACCAGGGCUAUGCUGAUUUCAAGCGCUGGACCUUUGAGAUUCUGAAUUACACUCCAGCUGACUAUGGAGGGAUACACCACGCAGCUGCCCGCAUUUCCGGAGACCACGUCUACGGGCAUUUGAAGUAUGAAGGAGGCACGCACAGGGUGCAGCGAAUCCCCGAGACAGGCUUAUCUUCCAGAAUGCAGCGGAUCCACACGGGGACCAUGUCGGUUAUUGUUCUCCCCCAGCCAGAAGAGGUAAAGAUCAAAGUAGAACCAAGAGAUCUCCGUAUAGAUACUUUUCGAGCCAGAGGGGCAGGAGGGCAGCACGUGAAUACCACAGACAGCGCUGUGAGAAUUGUACACGUUCCUACAGGGUUCACUGUCGAGUGCCAACAGGAGCGAUCUCAGUUCAUGAAUAAAGAAACGGCCCUGCGGACGCUACAAGAGAAACUGUACCGGCAGGCCGUCGAGAGAGAGCUGAGCAAAAUGACCAGUGCUAGAAAACUGCAGUUAGGGACAAGAGCCCAGUCCGAGAGAAUCCGCACGUAUAACUUCAACCAAGACAGAGUCACCGACCACAGGAUCUCCUUCGAUGUACGCAAUAUCAAGGAAUUCCUGUGUGGCGGAGAGCUGCUAGAUGACCUCAUCAGUAAGUUGCUGGAAGUGGCAGAGGUGGAAGCUCUGACUGAACACUUAGAACGCAACUGUAGAUCUCUACAAGCAGAUGCCUGACUUCC